CUUCCAGUUUUCAAACGCGUUUCGAGCAAACCCCGCAAAAAUGGAUUAUCGCUUGCGGCUCGCACUCUUCUGCCCAAUUGUUGUAAUAUUUUUACAGUUACAGGCGACAACUGCCAAUGAUCGCAAUAUCGAGCUGAAUUCCUUUCAAGCGUUGGCAAUUGAUGACUCCUGGGUGGAUUGGGAUACUUUGCGUUUGAAGAAAAAGACGCGCAUGGAAAUGGGCUUGACAGGUGAUGUAAACAUCAAGCAGAAUUUGGGCAAUGAACAGCUAGUUUCGCUGCAAAUUCACAAACACGAUCGUGAGAAUAAUCGACGUGGCCCGCUUGUGUUUCAAACGCAAAAACCGUUCUGUAAACUAGUGGAAUCACUCAAGAGCACAUAUGAUGGCAUGGUGGAAGCAUCAAAUUUACCGAAAAAGUUCGAGUGUCCAUUCCCAAAGAACACCUACACCUACAAGGACUAUGUACUUGAUACCAAUGACCUUGUGAAGGACAUACCGAAUGGCGAUUAUAUUAUUGAGGCAGUCUUGAAACAUAACGGAAAGCCCGUUAGUGUGAUGCUAGUGGAUGUGACAGUUUCAAAUUAAAUUCGAAAUUAUUUUUCAUUUCACAAAUAUUGUUAUUUUCUAUAUUAAUAUUUAUAUGCUAAUUAAUUUUUGACGUUUUCAUAUAUAUAUACAUAUAUGUAUAUAUUGCGUACAACUAUGUAUAUCUGCUGCUAAACCGUUUGUCGACCUUUAUAAAUAAUAAUGUUGUGAAAUAUAAAUUAAACUUUUAAUGCA